AUGUCCCAAACGCGCUUCUCGGUGGCCGCCGCGGCCCUCGCCGUCGGUUUGGCGAUGGCAGAGUCCAUCCUAUACGUGACGGACAUGCCUGCGUACAACGUUUUGGCACCGUGUGCGCAGUCGGCUCUGGCUUACAACAUCCAAUACCUGACCGGCGACGCAUGCCCCGAAGCGGUCUCCGAGCUCCAGUCCUGCGUGUGCACGAAGAAUAACAACUUCCGCUCCGUCUCCUCGGGGAUCUCCCAGUCGAUCAGCUAUGGGUGCGGAUCAACGGCCAGUGAUGACCAUUCAUCAGCACAGAGUGUCUUGACCGCGUACUGCGACCCAUCGAAGACCGUUAAAUUUGCGACCCCCACCGCCGUUAGCGUCUUUAUCACAGACAUUCCCGAGUUUGACUACCUUGCGCCAUGCGCCAAGAGCGCUCUGGGAUAUGCAGUCGAAACGAUGACGUAUGAACUCUGUCAGUCGGACGCGCCGGCCCUAGCGAGCUGCGCCUGCAACAAGAACCAGAACUCGCUCGUUGUCAGCCAGAUUAUCAACUCAUCGGUCAAGUAUUCGUGCUCCGGGCACUUGGCAGAUGUCACGUCUGCCCAGGAGAUGUUCUCCGCCUACUGUGCCAUGAACGACGGCACGACCAAGUUUCCAACGCCCUCGGACCCUCCUGGAGAUAUGACAUACUACAUCACGGAUCUACCGGGGUUCAGCUCACUCGCCCCUUGUGCGGCUACUGGUUUGGGAUAUGCCAUCCAGUCUCAACUAUACGAGCUUUGCCCCGACGGCCCACAGGCGCUCGCUUCGUGCGUGUGUCUCAAGGAGAGCAUGACCAACGAGGUUCUCAAGGCCAUCACCUCGUCUGUCAAGUACGAGUGCGAGUCGACGGCGACUGAAGAUGUCGCAUCUGCGAUUUCUCUUUACGACUAUUAUUGCAGCGCCGCUGCGGCCGAGGUCACCCCUCCUGGCGUCCACAACUCCGUCGGGCAGUCGCACCCGGCAAGCCGUACCUCCGGUGGCCCUAAACAGACCGGUACUGGUGGAGCCCACAACGGGAAUGGAAGUGGCUCAGGUGACGGGAAUGGGUCGUCAGAUGGCUUCAGCAACGGCAAUGACAAGCAGUCCAGUGGGCCUAGCACCGGGGUGAUUGUGGGCGCGGUGGUUGCUGUCAUCCUCGGCCUGGCCAUCAUCGGAGCGAUCAUUUUCUUUGUCAUCAGAGCUCGGAGGAACCGGCCGGGCUCGGUGCGGAUCCCGGAAAAUGACCCGUCUGUCCCACUUGGCCCCUACGGAAAGGCCGAGCUGGCGAGCGAUUCCAUUGCCGCUCCGGUGCACCCUUCGAGCCCGUCCCCGAGCACCCUCAAGCCCGGCGCCAUCCCCACUCGUGCCGAUAACAUCUCUCCUGUAUCCGCCACCACGGGCGCCUUCACCCCGCCACCAAACCAGGCCGAACUGAGCGGUCAAGCAGCGUUCUACCCACCCAUGCCCAACCGGCCCGAGCUACACAACCAGGCAACAGGCAGUCCGUCCCUAGUGUCUCCAGGAUCUGACGUCCACGGCCAGCCCGGACAACCGCCCCAACACGCCGCGUUUGCUGCUCCGCCGAACCCCAACGCCCCUGAGCUCUACGGCCAGGGUGCUCCCGCCUCCCACCGACCCGAACUUCAAGGCCAGGGCGCCAUGUACGCAAACACGCCAGCGAACAUGUCGGAGCUUCAAGGCCAAGGGACGCAAUACCAUAACGCGAACCCCAACCGGCCAGAGCUCGCCGGGCAGUACAACUACCCGCCACAACAGUCUCCUUACACACAACAACAACAACAAUCGCCACCACCACAAUAUCAACAGGCAUAUUCUCCACAACACUCACCGUAUAACUCACAGUCACCCUACGACCCUCCCGUAUCACCGCCUCAACAACAAAUGCAUGGCGGUCACCCGCAGCAGCAGCAACAGCAGCAGUCGACGUAUCCGCAGUCAUCGUGGCAGGCGGGGCCGGUGCCGGAUUUACAUGACCUUUAA